CUGCGGGCCGACUCCACUCCCAGCCGGGACAGGGCGCUCAGUCCGCGCGCUCCUCCCGGUGAUCCCCGACACCGCGACUCGCCGCUCCUCCUCACAGACAAACACACACACACACACACGCGCGCGCACACACUCAUGAGUGCGCUCUGCGUCCGUGCGCACCACCGGCUGCUGCGACCUGCCUACUUCACCUGAACGAGCAAAGCGCAGCGGGGACAGAAGCACUAAACAAUGCGUGCACAUUGCAUUAUGCGAUACCGCAGAUUAUUACUACUUUUGCGCUCUCCCAUGAGGUAACGGCGGAGGUGGAAGAUUGCAUGCCAUCACCAUGGAUUGCCUUUUUCUUCUCAUCUGGACUUUACCCAUCCCGCUGGUCGGCUGCAGCUCAGUCAAGCUCCUGUCCACCCUGUUGUCCUGGAACAUUGUCAAGACGCUGCACGUUUACUGCGCGCACACAGUCACGGCCGGCUAUUCCUCCAGCGACAGACACGGAUUAAAUCACGACUACGUGUUUGUGACCCCCGUGGAGGUGGACUCUGAGGGGGGAUACCUGACCCAUGAUGUGACCAGGAGAAGCUCUCGCAGCAGGAGGUCACUGUCUUCUUCUCUGCACUACCGUCUCUCGGCCUUCGGGCAGGACAUGCAUCUGGACCUGGUUCCGUCCCCUGUGGUGGGCCCGGGGUUCACCGUGCAGACGGUCGGCUUGGAUGGCAUCGCCACGGUGAUGGAUGAUGUUGGGUUUCACGACUGCCUGUAUCAGGGAUUUAUACGGAACGCCUCGGCCUCCUCUGCAGCCAUUUCGACGUGCUCUGGACUGUCAGGUUUGAUCCGCGUGUCUCAGGAAGAGUAUUUAAUUGCCCCGCUACCCCAACAUCUGGCUGCACAGCACAGCUACAGCGCCCCCGAUGGUCACCACCCGCAUGUUGUCUACAAGCGCUCUGCGGAACACAUUGUGCACCGACGAUCCGGCCGCUCAUCCAGCACCGGUUCCUCAACGCCCGACAACCCGUACCUUCACCAUCAGCAUCAUCAUCAGCAGACCCAUCACCAUGACUACGAGCGUGGAAAGCUGCACUUCUGCGGACGCCGCAAGCAAUACGCUCCCAAGCCUCCUGCUGAAGACAGUUUCAUCAUGCUCGAUGACUUUGUGGUACCCGAGGCGGAAGGAGCAGGAAGGCUGAAGAGAUCACCCAUUAACUCCAACAGGGUGGGGGGUCUGAAUGUGGAGACGCUGGUGGUGGCGGACAGGAAGAUGCUGGAGGAACACGGCAGGGACAACGUUACCACUUACGUCCUCACCGUCAUGAACAUGGUUUCCAGCCUUUUCAAAGAUGGCACUAUUGGGACGGACAUCAACAUUGUAGUGGUGAGCUUGUUGCUACUGGAACAGGACCCGCUGGGCUUGACCAUCAACCACCAUGCUGACCAGUCCCUCAACAGUUUCUGUCAAUGGCAGUCAGGUCUGGUGGGGAAAGGUGGGAAACGGCACGACCAUGCUGUUCUCCUCACUGGAUUGGACAUCUGUUCCUGGAAGAAUGAGCCAUGUGACACCCUGGGUUUUGCCCCAAUCAGCGGGAUGUGCAGCAAGUACAGGAGUUGUACCAUCAACGAGGAUACAGGACUGGGCUUGGCCUUCACCAUCGCUCACGAGUCUGGACACAAUUUCGGUAUGAUCCAUGACGGCGAGGGGAACCCUUGUCGCAAGACCGAAGGCAACAUUAUGUCCCCAACUCUGGCUGGAAACAACGGGGUCUUCUCCUGGUCCACCUGCAGUCGGCAGUACCUCAGCCGUUUCCUCGGAACAGCCCAGGCAUCCUGUCUGGUGGACGAGCCCAAGCAGAUCGGUCAGUACAAGUACCCCGAACAGCUUCCCGGGCAGCUGUACAACGCAGACACGCAGUGCAAGUGGCAGUUCGGCUCCAAGGCCAAACUGUGCAGCCUGGAUUUUGUCAAGGACAUCUGCAAGUCCCUGUGGUGUCAUCGCACGGGGCACCGGUGCGAGACCAAGUACAUGCCCGCUGCAGAGGGCACCGGCUGUGGACCCAACAUGUGGUGCCGAAGGGGUCAGUGCGUUAAAUACGGGGAGCACGGCCCUCGGGCGGUCCACGGCCAGUGGACGGCGUGGUCCCAGUGGUCGGACUGCUCCAGGACCUGUGGAGGAGGGGUCAUGUACAGGGAGCGCUCCUGCACGAGCCCGAGGCCACAAAACAAUGGUAAAUUUUGUUCGGGCUCCAGCCGCCUCAACCAACUGUGUAACUCUCGGCCGUGUCCUCCUAAGUCUGUGGGCUUUCGGGCCCAGCAGUGUGCAGAGUACAACAGCAAGCCCUUCAGGGGCUGGUACUACAAGUGGAAGCCCUACACCAAAGUGGACGACGAAGACAUCUGUAAGCUGUACUGCAUUGCGGAAGACUACGACUUUUUCUUCGCCAUGUCCGGCAAGGUGAAGGACGGCACCUCCUGCUCGGAGCACAAAGGAGACAUCUGCAUCGACGGAGUGUGUGAGGCCGUGGGCUGUGACCAGAUACUGGGCUCCAAGGCCUCCCUGGACGCCUGCGGAGCCUGUAAGGGAGACAACUCCACUUGCAAGUUCUUCAAGGGCCAAUACACCCUUCAGCACAGGGCCAACGAGUACUACUCCAUGGUCUCAGUCCCGGCUGGGGCACGAAGUAUUCGUGUCUAUGAAAUGGAGGCGUCCCCCAGCUACCUGGCUGCCCGCUCCCUAAAGAGGAAGUACUACCUGACCGGCGACUGGACCGUGGACUGGCCGGGGAAGUUCCACUUUGGCGGGACCGUGUUUGACUACCAGCGAUCUUUCAACAAGCCGGAGAGCCUUUAUGCUGCCGGCCCUACUAAUGAGACGCUGGUGUUUGAAAUCCUUCUGCAGGGGAAGAAUCUGGGCGUGGUGUGGGAGUACACGCUGCCUCGCGCUGAAAGGAAACCCGACUACAGCUGGGGCGUGGUGCGCUCCGACUGCUCCGCUCCGUGUGCUGGAGGUCGUAUCUCCACCAAGGCCAUCUGUCUUGAGGACCAGAAGGUUCAGGUCAACUCCACCAUGUGUAUUCCUCACACCAGGCCGGCACUGGGCUCCCAUCUCUGCAACACGCAGCCCUGCCCUGCAUACUGGGCGAGCGGAGACUGGGGCCUCUGCAGCCGCUCGUGUGGAGGAGGUCAGCAGACCAGGACGCUGCGCUGCCUGAGGAAGGUGACCUAUCAGAGGGAGGAGGUGGCGGCUCACUCCCUCUGCCCCGUCAUCUCGCCGGCCCAGAUCCAGCCGUGCCACACGCAGGCCUGCCCGCCCGAGUGGAGCACGGGCUCCUGGUCACAGUGCUCCAAGACCUGCGGCCGCGGCCUGAGGAAGCGCAGCGCGUUCUGCCGCAGCACUGAUCCCGGGGCCAAGGCGGUGGUGGUGCCCGACAGCAUGUGCAGACAGCACCACAGGCCCAAAACCCAGGAGACCUGCGUCCUGCGGCGCUGCCCGAAGAACGAGCGGCUGCAGUGGGUCACCGCGGCUUGGGGGGAGUGCUCCAGGUCUUGUGGCUCGGGCAUCCAGAAGAGGGAGCUUCGCUGCGGGGAGAGGGACUCGCAGGGAGGGUAUGUGGAGUUCCCCGUCCGGAGGUGCAGAAAUAUAGCCAAGCCUUUGGUGGAUCUCCAGCAGGGCUGCAACAGAGGUCCGUGCCCAGAGCUGCCUCGGGCCGUCCCGGGCAGGACCAGCUCUGGUGCUGUGACCCUGGGCUGGUACCCGUCUCCCUGGCAACAGUGCUCUGUGUCCUGUGGUGGAGGAGUCCAGGCUCGGUCCAUCCAGUGUCUCCGGCAAGGUCGCCCCGCAGGCGGCUGCCUGCCCCACCAGAGGCCGGUCACUUCCAGGGCGUGCAACACACACUUCUGCCCCGCCGCCCCCCCGGCUACGGGACAACGCCCCGGCCGGGUCACAGCUGCUGGACCAACACCGGACGGCAAAGAUGAACCCUGCGUGGAUCAUUUCAGCUGGUGUCACUUGGUUCCCCAGCACGGCGUUUGUAACCACAAGUUCUAUGGACAGCAGUGCUGCAAGUCAUGCUCCAGCGGGAGGCUCUGAGACCUUUCCAUGCCUCGGCCCUCGGUGGCAUUCAACGCCACAAAAGCCAUUUGGUGGAUAUUUUUCUCACAACACGCACAACUGUGGUUCGGCAGUGUGUUUUCUUCCUGGACUACUUGACUGAUGAAUUUGGAAAGCGGGCGAAAGAGAGAAACCACAAACUCUCCCUGUGAAAGCACGCCGUGUGGCUGAUGAUGUUCAUCUGCCAAAGAGCGAAAGUCAUCAUUUCAUCAAUCUCAUUGUAACUGGAAAGAAUUGUGGAUGUAAUAUAUACAUGUUGUCGUUUUGUUGAGUGUUUACCUUUUGAAACCUCGAAAGCUACAAGCCAUCAGGAGAACAGGAAAGGACACUAGUGCUUCACUUUACUUACAUGUUGUUGUAUUCUUAAAGGUGUCUGGUUCCAUACGUCUUCUUUUAAGUUAUUAUGGUUCUUAAUAUAUGAUUUUACAUUUUUGUCAGAUGUACAGUGGAUCUGUGACAUGUCAUUUAUAUACCUGAGGAUUGUGCCAGUUAAUGAGUGGUCAGAUGCCUCCUACACUUCACCCCCCCCCCCCCCCUUGUUGUCUCUAUGCUGGUGAAACAUUUCUGGAACAAGCUGGAAUACAUUUGUUCACAUCAACGCUGUACGUGAAACAUGGCCAUGUCCUGUCGCGCCGAGAGUGUGCGGGUAUGGUAAUACAACUCGGUCAUCCAUC